AUGCGUACUGUAUUUGCAGUUUUUCUUCUGUUCAUUACUUACGUUGCCAGUUAUCCAUCGUUUCGUGAAGCAGCAACCAACAAUGAUGAAAAUGAAAACAAUUUUGAAUUGAAACUCCGUUCAAUAUUAAAUCAUCUUAGUAAUGAAAAAAAUGAUGACGAACACAUGACACGAUCUCUAGCAUCAGAGAACAACUAUGAAAGUGAUGAUGACGCUGAUGACUACUUAUUUAGCAAACGACAAGGUGGUCAUAAUAUUGUUGAUAAACAAAGUAAAUGUGAAAUUGAAUGUAUUUAUACACAACGACACCCACAGACUGGUAAAGGAAAAUCUAUCAAAGACGCAGCUAAAGCUUGUCGGCAAAUGUGCCCUAAUACAAGCAAAAGACGUAGUGGAAAUAAAACUGGUGUACAAAAAACCGACAAGAAUAAAAAGUUCAAUCAACGUCAAUUAUCUGAUGAUGAUAGUAGCGAAGAACAAAAUAAUCAACGCCGUGAAUUCUAUGAUUUUCUUUUGGAUCAAAUUCAACGAAAUAAUAAUGAAUAA